GGUUCGAAGUAGAAGAUGCACUGAACCGUGUUGGGCACGACGACAAUGGGACCGACAACUCGGUGCAGGAAGGUUCUGCAUCAUUGGACGUUGACGACGAUGACGUGGUUCCCGUUGACUGGAGCCCGGAUGAGUUACUUUGUUCGGAUGAUAGCAUGCCCUACGAAUCCGAUCGUUCUGGUAGCAUUUAGUCGGGGAUGGUUUGCAAAGUAUGUGGUCCAAUAGUAAUGUGUUAUGCAUGUGUGAUUGCCCUAGGCUAAACAAUUUGUGUGUGAACUCAUGAGCUACGUUAUGUGUCCAUGUACCAAUUUGUCUGUGAACUCCUUAUGGCAGCUUGAACUUUGUUGCUUCAUGUGCUACGUUUUGUGACAAUGUACCUUUGGAGAUCUGUUGGACCAUACUGAUUUCGUUACAAUGCAUCUCCAUUUGCUAUUGUUGUUGUGUGCAGGGAAGCGAUGGAGUAUGCCGGGUUCCUUCGUGGCGACAGCGAAGACAUGAAUUGGGCCGAUGUUACGCCGCUAACCCAAGACAGCAUAUUCGGUAGCCAGAUCCCCGCGGCGGAUGACCAUAGUGGGGAGCCUACUGGAGAUGUCGCUCCUGGGGGUGGCCGUGGAGCCAGUUACAGGAUUGAGGAGGACCUUCUACUGGUGGGGGCAUGGCUGCAAGUGAGCAUGGAUCCCGUGGUAGGGAGCAACCAGACUUUGGGUGCUUUCUGGCAGCGGGUGGAGACUUUCUACCACGAGAACAAAAAAUUCUCGUCCACCCGUAAUCGGAAGUCGCUUCAGGGCAGAUGGACUUUCAUCAAUGGUAUGGUGCAGAAGUUCUGCGGCCAUUAUGCUAGGGCGCAGCGCAACAGGAGGAGCGGAACAACCGAGGCGGAGAUGGUCGUGGAGGCGUGCACGAUGUUUCAAGCCGCCGAGCACAAGGAGUUCACCUUGCUGCCAUGUUGGAGGGAGUUGAGGGAUCAUCCGAAGUGGCAGGUAGAAAGCUCACGCAAAAGGCAGAAGGUCUCCGCCGCGGGAAGCCCCUCCUCGACACCCAAUGUAGGCUCGUCCGCCGGCUUCAAUGGAGCAGAGGAUGUGGAUGCAACUCCAUCCAAUGCCGGUGAACGUGGCAAACGGCCACCAGGUCGGACUCGGUCGAAGGAAGCCCGCGGUAAUUCGUCUUCGAGUUCAGCCUCGGGGCCCAUGACGGACUUAUUCGAUCGGCAGUUGGCAAUGAAAGACAAGAUUGAAAAGGAAAGAGCUGAGAGGUUUGCAGAGUUGAUGGAUGUUGAGCGGCAACGGCUAAGGCUCGAGGAGGAACGAAUGAAAAUGGAACUUGAAAAGGAGCAGCAGAGGCUAAGGCUCGAGGCGGAGCGUAUGCAAAUGGAGAAGGAAAAGGAGGAGAGGCACAUAAUGAGCAUGGACCUUUCUCAAACGGACGAGGACCAGCAGGCCUACUACAAGAGCCUCAGGCAGAGCAUCAUUGCCGCUAGGCGCGUCACCGGAGGCCCAUCGUUGUGA